UAUAUGUCAUGUUAACAUGUAAAGACAAAAAAUACACAUAGGUUUCACGUUUAUAUCAAAUCCAAUUUGGGCAUUGAAUUGGAUGAUUGGACCAACCUCAACACCAUGAAUAGAAUGUUUGGUGUGAAAUUAAUGGCUUACUCACAAAUUCUUUCAUCUUCUUACUUGUCCUUACCCUGCUAAUGACGAUCUCCAUUAAUAUACCUAUGUUCUCUCACUUUCCUCCAAUUUUAAGGCUGAAAAUGCAGAUUAAAUUCAGCUUUAUUUUUCAUGGUUCAUUGUAGAAAAGUUCUAAAAAUCCACAACUUUUAUUUGUCCUUUAGUUAUGGUAAAUCACAGUGUUUUCCUGAGCACAUUUGAGAACAUGGGAAAGUUUCAAAAUCAAAUCUUUGAAGUGGGUUUUCUCAGUUUAGCUGAUUGCUGAGAAUUUGUACUAGUUUUAGGUCAACUGCAAAAAAUUACUAGAAAAAAGUUUGGAACUUGGGAAGUGUUCAAGAUUCAGUUUUUUGAAGUGGGAUUUGUUCAAUUAAGCUGAUCACUGAGUAGAUUGCAGGUAAUUUUAAUUAUCUUCAGAAUUGGGUUUUGCCUAGAUUAUGUAGAAAGUAUUGUUUUUUCAAGUACAAAAUUUGUGAAAUUGUAAUUGUAGAGGAAAUAUUUGGAUUUUGGUUAUUGGUUAUUGGUUUAUGAAUGCAAGAAGUUAAUUAUUUGAUUGAUGAAUGGUAGUAGUGAUGUUUGAUGGAAGUAUGUCAAUGUCUUUUCAUACAUUAAAUUAUCCAGCACAUAUAUUAGGGAAGACAUAUAAGUAUGGGAAACUACAAAACAGAAGAAUAAUCCCUGCUUUAGCUACUCCACAUUCUUCUAUUCUUGUGCACACUGGUGAAAGUGACAACAUUUUGAAAUGUGGGAGAAAUUAUGUGCCAAACAUGUCUUUGCCAAACAAAGAUUUUAGUACUAAUACAGUGCUUAACCAAGGUAAUGCAAUUGGGAUAAUAGGAGGAGUAUCCAUUGAUUCUACAUCGAAUUUUUUGCAUAAGCUUGUGCAUUGGGGAUCAAAUGAGGGGAAAGAUUGUCCUCCUUUCAUACUUUGUUCUGAUCCGCAAUUGAUGGAGGAGCUGUUGAUCUAUGAGAGAAGUUAUUUUCCUUCUCUUUACGCUCGAGUGCGGCCCUCUAAUAUGGAUCAUACUUCGAUUGUAGCGAAUUUGAAGCGCAAGAGGGCAUUUCUUGAGCAAGGGGGUGCUCAGUGCCUUGUGAUGCCUUGUCAUUUGUUGCAUUCUUGGCAUGAUGAUAUUUCUCAUGGAUGCAAUGUGCCGAUGCUUCAUAUGGCUGAGUGUGUGGCUAAGGAGCUUAAGGAGGCUAAGUUAAGGCCUCUUGAAGCUGGGUGUCCUUUGAGGAUUGGUGUGGUUGCAACUGAUGCUAUUUUGAAAUCAGGGUUCUAUGAGAAAAAACUACAGAAUGAGGGUUUUGAGGUUGUUCUUCCAGAUGAAGCAACCAUGGAGCACACUGUGCGUCCUGCCAUUGAAGCUUUGGACAGGAAAGACAUUGAAGGGGCCCGGAACUUGUUAAGAAUCGCUCUACAAGUUCUGUUGGUGAGGGCUGUAAACAUGGUCAUCAUUGCCUCUCAUGACAUGCGUGAGCUUUUACCUCCUGAUGACCCUCUUCUUAAGAAAUGCAUCGAUCCAAUUGAUGCUUUGGUGAGGUCGACUAUCAGAUGGGCUCAAAGCGUGGAAAGAGGCUCGUAAUGAACAUAUCAUAUUUAGCUAAGCUGCAUGAAUGUGAAUUACCAUUUAUCUAAAUGCCUCCUCCCUCCCCCUGAAAAUUAGUCAUUCAUUGGUGCAGGAGUUUACAGAUUAUUAGGAAAUUGUGUUGGUUCUAGGCAUAGUGAAGGACCAUUGUAAGGAAAGAACAAAUGCUUCUUGUUAUUGGCAAACCCCGUUAUCGUUUCGUAAUAUUGCAUCCUCUACAAGUGACUUUCAGUCCA